AGCAGAGCGAACAUGGACGUCAAAGUACUGCCCCUGAUCAUCAAUGGAGAGGAAGUUUCGUCGGUCUCGAGUGACUUGAUUGAUGUCGUGGACCCAAGUACACAACAAGUGCUUUGCAGGGUGCCAUGCUCGACAAGAGAGGAGAUGGAGCUGAUAGUGCAUUCAGCCAGCGAGGCCCAGAAGAAAUGGAGAGAAGUCCCGGUGCAGCAGAGGACGAGGGUCAUGAUCAAGUUCCAGACGUUGCUGGUGGAACACAAGGACAGGAUUGCUGACGUCAUCGUGAGAGAAAACGGGAAGACCAAGGUCGACGCACUGGGAGAUGUCACUAGAGGCAUCGAAGUAGUCGAGCACUGUCUCGGGAUGCCAACGCUCAUGAUGGGAGAGGCAGUGGAGCAGAUCAGUAGGGAUAUGGAUACCUUCACCAUCCGUCAACCCCUCGGCGUCGUCGGUGGAAUUGCCCCAUUCAACUUUCCUGCUAUGAUUCCUCUAUGGAUGAUGCCGAUCGCGCUGGGAACAGGCAACGCGUUCAUCCUCAAGCCUUCUGAGAAAGUUCCCUCGGCGGGCAUGAUGAUCGUGAAGCUAGCUAUCGAAGCCGGUUUCCCCAAGGGGAUCGUGAGUGUCCUCCAUGGCGGCAAGGACGCGGCAGAUUUCAUUUGCAACCAUCCUGCGAUCAGGGCAGUCUCGUUCGUGGGAAGCAGCCUAGUUGGCCGAGCCAUCUACGACAUGUGCACCAAGGCGGGGAAGAGGGUGCAGUGUAACAUGGGAGCUAAGAACCACGCGGUGGUGAUGCCUGAUGCUAACAAGGAGCAGGCCAUCAACGGAAUCUUGGGAGCAGCCUUCGGAGCGGCUGGUCAAAGAUGCAUGGCGAUCAGCGUGUGCGUAUUCGUGGGCUCUGCGAGCUCCUUCCUCCCAGAGUUCGUAGCUAAGGCCAAGGAGUACCGGGUCGGGCACGGAGCGGCAGAGGGCACGGACAUCGGGCCUGUGAUCAGUCAAGCCUCUCUCAAGAGGAUCGAGCAGAUCAUUCAGGCUUCUGUGGACGCAGGCGCCACUUUAGAUCUGGACGGGCGAGGAGUGAAAGUGGAAGGAUUUGACAAGGGAAAUUUCAUCGGGCCGACUAUCAUCUCUGGGGUAACGACAAGCAUGCCCUGCUACAAGGAGGAAGUCUUCGGCCCCGUGCUGAGCGUUGUAUGCGUGGACUCGCUGGAAGCCGCCAUCCACUUCGUAAACGCCAACGACAUGGGCAACGGAGUCGCUCUCUUCACGCAGAACGGAGGGGCCGCCAGAAAGUUUCAGCAUGAGAUCGAGGUCGGGCAGAUCGGCAUCAAUGUGCCCGUUCCUGUUCCCCUCCCAUUCUUCUGCUGGAGCUCGUCGAAGGGUUCUAUCCUUGGAGAGCAUCACUUCUAUGGCAAAUCUUCUGUGCACUUCUACACUCAGAUCAAGACGUCUGUGUGUCGAUGGGAGUUCAAGGACAUUCAGAGCGAUGCUGGAGCGAUGCACUUUUCAGGUCGCUAGAAAGCCCUCGGUUUCUUGACGAGGGGAGGAAGGUAUCAACGAACGAGGAGACGCAGCGGGGGAGGGCGCGAGGGCAUGAUUCUGUAUUGCGCUAAAGUUGAGAGGCCACGAGGGCAAGCUGGUCGUUUGUAGGGAGACAUAAAGGAAACGAUUGUUUG